AAGGCCUUGGAAAGGAUUCCUGCCCACUGACUCACCAGAGAAAAAAAAACCACGGACCCUGAAAGCAGCUGAAGCUAAAACUCUUCUGGCCCGCCACAAGACUCGUAGCCACUUGGAGUUUACAGGAGUUCUGUUACAUCCAUUCUCAGAACGCUAAAUUCCGAAAUGCAGCGUGUCUUGGUUUAUGUGUAUUCCCUGUUGGUGUGCAGCUUGUUGUUGGAUUGUUGUCGCUCGGCCCCAGUUGACUGUCAACAGGAACAAGAACGACUAAGGGCUCAGGUGAAAGCUCUGGAGCUUCGGAUCAAACAGCAGCAACUGCAGAUUGAACGCAUCUUAAAGGAAAGGGAAAAUGUUCAUGACACUGGUGCUUCUGAAGUUGAUGAAACUGUUAAUGAACUGGGAGGAAGAAAACUCUUUGCAGAUUGUGCAGAGAUCUACAACAGUGGAAAUAGGAGGAGUAGAUUUUACAGAAUUCAGCCAUUGGCAUCUCCCACAAGCUUCAUCGUAUACUGUGACAUGACAGAUGGUGGUGGCUGGACUGUCAUCCAGAGACGGACUGAUGGCACUGAAAACUUUGACAGAGCCUGGUCUGAUUACAAGCAAGGUUUCGGAAACUUCCAAAAUCUCAAUGGAGAAUAUUGGAUUGGAAAUGAUAACUUGAAUUAUCUUACGUCACAGGGAGACUAUACUGUGAAAUUUGAUCUCUCUGACUGGGAUGGUGGAAAACAAUACGCCCAGUAUAGAAGUUUCAGAGUUCAAAAUGAGCAGAAUUUAUACCAGUUAAGCUUUGGUGAGUAUUCAGGAACUGCAGGAGACUCACUGAGUGGUACUUAUCAUCCAGAGGUUGCAUGGUGGGCCAAUCACAAUGGUAUGAGGUUCAGCACAAAAGACAGGGACAAUGACCGUUAUGAGGGCAACUGCGCAAAAGAAGAUAAUGGUGGAUGGUGGUUUAACAGAUGUCACUCUGUCAACCUGAAUGGGCGUUAUUACAACAGAGGACCUUUUACUUCAAAGACAGAUGAUGGAAUUGUUUGGUAUACCUGGCAUGGAUGGUGGUAUUCCCUAAAAUCCACAGUGAUGAAGAUUAGACCUUCUGAAUUUGUACCAAGCACAGAAUGAGUGUUCUAAUCUUUCAUAAAAUUAGCUUAAAUGUGUAUUACUGUACUACAAUGCGUUCUCUAAGCAGCAGUAUCCCAUUGUACAGAAUUGUAAUCCCUCACUGUACUGCACAAUUGUUCCUCUGCCAAGUUUCUGGAAUGAAUAAUGAUAAUAAAUAAUGCAUUCUUUUGCUCUUUUCCAUUAAAA